AUCAAAUUGAGUAAUAUUAUUCAUACAUUAACUUGGAUUUCUUAAUAGAAAGAAAUAAUACAAUCCAUAUUUCAUAUAUCUUAUUAUUAUUAUGGAUCAAACAAGUAAAAAAAGAAGAAUAUGUCUUCCAGUAGAUGGAAGUGAUCAUUCUAAACGUGCAAUUGAAUGGUUUAUUAAAGAAGUUUAUCGACCUGGUGAUGAAGUACUAUUUGUACAUUGUUUAGAAUUACCAUAUUUACCAACAAUUAGUUUAACAUCUGGUUUAAAAGUACCUAUUGAUGAUUGGACUAAAGCACUACAAGAAAAUAUCGCUCAAACAACUAAAUUGAAUAAUGAGUAUGGUUAUAUAUGCGAAUGCAGUAAGAUACCAUAUGACUUUAUAAUAAAAAAUGGAAUAGCUCCAGGUGUUGGAAUAGUUCAAACUGUAGAAGAUCAUCAUGUUGACUUAAUUGUUAUGGGUAAUCGUGGACUAAGUAGACUCAAACGUACACUACUUGGUAGUGUAAGUAGUUAUGUAGUACACAAUGCGUAUGUACCAUGUAUCAUAGUGCCACCAGUUUGAAGAAAAGAACAAUCAAUAUUUAUACAUAUAUGAAAUAUCUAUGAAGCUUUUUUUGAAAUCAUAUUUUUUAUACACACUGGAUUACUCUUCUUUCUUGACAUUUAUUCAUUGUGUAAUACGUUAUUAGUGUCAUUUUAGAAAAGAAACUUGUGUAUUCAUUA